AACGUGGCGGCACCAGGACCCUUGCUCACGCCAUGUUGCACUUAAGUGUUUAUCUUGAUCCAGACUAGAAGGACAAAAAUAGCCACAGGAUGGGCAGGAACUGUUUCAAUCAUGACUGUACGGUUUGUCAAAGAAUACCUAAUUAAUUCUUUUGAAAUACAAAGAGACGCAGUACAAGAACCAAAAUACGUAGUUUUUGCUGAUACUGCUUUUUUCCUUUUUCAUGUGACCUUGGCCUUCUGAACACGCUAGGUAGGCGAAUGAAAUACCUGGCUUUGAGAAACAGAAAAAGAUAAGGGGAAAUUAAAAAAGUUAGAGGAGAGAAAGGAAUAAAAAAUGGUGAACGACAGCGUGGUUCCAUCAACUCCGCUGUCCUUUAGGCUCCGAUGGGACGUGUUCCUCAGUUUCAGAGGGGAAGAUACCCGUCACGGUAUCACGCAGAAACUCUACAGCUCGCUUGUGGAAAAGGGUGUCCGAGUCUUUCGAGACGACGAUGGGUUGAACCGUGGAGACGAGAUCUCUCCAAGACUGCUGGAAGCCAUUGAAGACUCGGCUGCUUCCGUUGUCAUUCUCUCUCAAAACUAUGCUUCCUCCCAUUGGUGCCUUGAAGAACUGGCCAGGAUAUGCCAGUUGCGGAGACUGAUUCUGCCCGUCUUCUAUGGGGUUGACCCCUCUCAUGUUCGAAGACAGAGAGGACCUUUUGUGGAGGCCUUUUGUAGCCAUGAAAACAGGUUUGGAAAGGAGACGGUGAUGAAAUGGAGGAGAGCCAUGGAGAAAGUCGGCGGUAUUGCUGGUUUCGUUUUCACCAACAAAAGUGAUGAAGAGCAACUGAUUCGGGUUCUUCUGAGAGAGGCUCUCAAAGAAGUGAAUAAUACACCAGUGAAAGUGGCCACCCAUGCAGUUGGAUUGGAUACACGGGUGUCACAGUUAAUAAAUUUGUUAGACGUUAAAUCCAAGGGCAUUAAGGUUCUGGGGCUUCAUGGGAUGGGCGGGAUUGGUAAGACAACCCUUGCUAAGGCCAUCUAUAAUAAGAUUUUCGGACACUUCGAGCUUCGAAGCUUCAUCUCAAAUGUUAGAGAACUGUCAAAGCAAGAAGAUGGUUUAGCAUCCCUCCAACACAAACUUAUUGGUGAGCUUUCCAAUUCCUCUAGUAAUGUUGUGCUUUCUGCAAAUGAUGUUAAUGCUAAUGCCUCAACAAUCAAAAAGAUUAUUUUUGAUAAAAAGGUUCUAAUAGUCCUGGAUGAUGUUGAUGAAGAAAAUCAACUUAAAGCACUAGGUGCAAGAGUCAAAUGGCAAAAUGAUGGAAGUAUUCGAAUCAUUGUUACAACAAGAAAUAGAGGGGUUUUAAAUGACCAAUAUGUGAAUCAAUUUUACGAGGUCAGAGAGUUGCAUUUUGACCAGGCACUAGAACUUUUCAGUUAUCAUGCACUUAGAAGAGAGAAACCGACAAAAGAGUUUCUGGAAUUGUCCAAGAAAAUUGUAUCUCUCACUACGAAUUUACCCUUGGCUCUAGAAGUUUUUGGUUCGUUUUUGUUGGAUAAGAGGAGGGUAGUAGAAUGGGAAGAUGCUUUGGAGAAGUUGAGAGAUAUUCGUCCUAAUGAGCUUCAGGAUGUGCUAAAGAUAAGCUUUGAUGGGCUAGAUAGAGAAAAUCAAUGCAUAUUCCUUGAUAUAGCCUGCUUGUUUGUCAAUUUGAGAAUGAAUAGAGAGGACAUAAUUGACGUACUGAAAGGAUGUGAUUUUAAAGCUGAAACAACAAUAAGAGCUCUGGAAGAAAAAUCUUUGAUUAAGUUCACUGAGGGUAAUGGUUUGUGGAUGCAUGAUCAACUCAGGGACAUGGGAAGACAAAUUGUUCAAGAUGAGAACUUUGUAGAUCCUGGAAUGCGCAGCAGACUGUGGGAUCGCGACGAAAUCAUGACUGUCUUGAAAAAUCACAAGGGAACAAGAAGCAUUGAGGGUAUUGUGAUGGACGUCAUAAAUAGCAAUGGGAAAGAGGUGGUGAUCUUUACAAAACCUUUUGAAUCGAUGGUUAAUCUAAGACUGCUUCAGAUCAAUCAUGUGAAAGUGGAAGGAAAAUUUAAAUUUCUUCCUCAUGAACUCAAGUGGCUUCAAUGGCAAGGAUGUGCUUUGAAAACUCUUCCUUCUGAUUUUUGUCCCCAACAGCUUGCUGUGCUUGAUCUCUCAGAAAGCAAUAAUAUCGAAAGGGUGUGGAACUCUUAUUCUAACAAGGUGGCUGAGAACUUGAUGGUCAUGAACCUGUGUGGUUGCUCCAAUCUGGCUUCUCUUCCUGAUUUAUCUGGACAUAAAAAGCUGCAAAAGAUUGUUCUUCAGAAUUGUGUGAAACUGAUAAACAUUCACAAGUCGGUUGGUAGUUUAAAGUCCUUACUUCACUUGGACAUGACAGGCUGUUCAAACCUUGUUGAAUUUCCAAGUGACGUCUCGGGGAUGAAAAAUCUUCAAACCCUUGUCCUCAGCGAUUGCUCUAAAUUGAAGGAAUUACCAAAGGGCAUAGGCAGCAUGAAAUCACUCAAAGAACUUUACGUUGACAAAACUGGCAUAGAGAAGCUGCCUGAAUCUAUUUAUCGCCUUGAAAAACUUGAAAAACUGAGCCUAAGUGGUUGCAUACAUAUUAAACAGCUGCCACGAUGUGUAGGGAAGAUUGUUUCUCUGAAGGAACUUCAUCUUAAUCAAUCUGCAUUGGAAAACUUGCCUGAUUCUAUUGGAUUCUUGGAGAACCUUGAAACACUUAGUUUAAUUUCUUGUGAAUCACUCACUGCAAUUCCUGAUACUGUUGGCAAUCUCAAAUUAUUGAAAGAGUUGCUGAUUAAGGGUGGUGCAAUCAGUGAGUUACCAAAUUGUAUUGGUUCGUUAUCAUAUCUGAAGUACUUAUUUGUUGGAGGCAAGCAGUUGGGCAAAUUGUCAGAUUCAAUUCAAGGAUUGGCUUCUCUUGUGGAACUUGACAUGGAUGGGAUUUCAAUUAGGGAUCUGCCUAGCCAGAUUGGUGCCUUGAGAGUACUUCAGAAGCUUGAGAUGAGGAAUUGUACUUCUCUUGAGUCUCUGCCAGAGUCGAUGGGGAGCCUGCUUGCUCUUACUUAUUUGAACAUAUUCAACGCCAAUAUUACCGAGUUGCCAGAGUCUAUUGGGUUGUUAGAAAAUCUUAUUAGGUUAAGAUUGAACAAGUGUAAAAGGCUGUGUAAACUUCCAUCCUCAAUAGGAAAUUUGAAGUCUUUGCAUCAUUUAUUUAUGGAGGAGACUGCUGUGACCGAAAUACCAGAAAGCUUUGGCAUGCUCUCAAGAUUAAUGGUACUGAAAAUGGCAAAGAAAGAGAAAUCCGAGUCAUUUGUACUCUUGCCAACAUCUUUCUCAAAUCUCUCAUCGCUAGAAGAACUUGACGCUCGUGCAUGGAGAAUAUCUGGUGAAAUUCCAGAUGAUUUUGAGAAGUUGUCAGCAUUAGAGACUCUGCAACUGGGUAGCAAUGAUUUUUCUAAACUUCCAUCCAGCCUAAGGGGCCUUUCGCUUCUUAAAAGGCUUAGGCUGCCCCAAUGUGAAAAGCUUGAGUCCCUCCCUCCACUUCCCUCAAGUUUGGAGGAGUUGAAUCUUGCAAACUGUAUUUCAUUGGAAAGUAUAUCUGAUAUUUCCAAUUUAAAGAGCUUAGAAACAUUAAACCUUACAAACUGUGAGAAAUUGGUGGAUAUUCCAGGCCUUGAGUCCUUGAAGUCCUUGAGAAGGUUGUACCUGAGCAACUGCAUUAAAUGCUCUGCUUCAGCAAAGAAAAGACUCUCCAAAGUUUAUCUCAAGAGUCUCAGAAAUCUAAGCAUGCCAGGAAGCAAAAUUCCAGAUUGGUUUUCUCAAGAUGAAGUUACCUUUUCAAGCCACAAAAACCUUGACUUGAAAGGUGUGAUAAUAGCUGUAGUUGUUUCCCUUAACCAUCAUAUACCAGAUGAGUUGAGAUAUCAAAUACCUGCUGUAGUGGACAUUCAAGCAAAGAUCUUCAAAGGUGACACAGACAAAGCUAUACAUUCCACCACCUUGGACUUGUUGGGGGUACCGAAGACGAAUGAAGACCAUGUUCACUUGUGUCGAUAUCCAGCAGAUCGUCCGUUGGUUUCUAUGUUAAACGAUGGCUUUAAGAUUCAGGUGACAAAGCGAAACCCGCCAUAUGUUAAGGGGGUAGAGCUGAAGAAGGCUGGGGUUUAUUUAGUUUUUGAGAAUGAUGAUGAUUAUGAAGGAGAUGAAGAAUCACUGGAUGAGAGCCAGCAGUCUGUGUCAGAAAGAUUAGCAAAGUUUGUUAGCUCUCUUGAACAAGAUGAUGGAGUUCACCAAUCCAGCUAUGAAAUAAAAGAAGGGAUGGAAGAGAUCCAAGUCCAAAUUAAGGAAGAAAAAUGCCGAUCAAGCAGCAGAAAUUACUUUGUUUUUGCCUUCACUUUUCUUCUUUUGCUGUCCAGUUGGAUGUUCCUACGCUGUUGGUGGUUGUGGUAGACGAAGCUUCAUUUGGAAGCCAC